UCUGUUUUUGAAUCAGAAGUGCUUGUUUCACUGGAUACAUUGACUUCAUUGUGGACUUGUAUAGGAUCUUCCGAAUGUGUUGGAACACUUGUGAUUGGUGUGCUGAUAGCUUCCUCUCCUCUGUGUAGCUCUGAUGGCUUCUCCUUCGCUUUGCUCUGUCUGUAAUGGACCAACUUCUCUCUCACAGAACUCAUUGUUUAGGAACAGUUAACAAGCCCCUCCCACAAGCUGGGGAAUCCCCUCACCACGGCUAAACAAGCUGGGGGAAUCCCCACUUGUAAAUUAUGUGUACCAGUUACGAGCACUCUGCGAGCUGGGGGAAUCCCCUACUGGCUGGUACCUGCUCACAGUUUUGUCCUCCAGAAGAAUCAGAAAGACGUAAAGCUCUGAGGAGGUUACAUGUGCUGGAGGUGUCUCCACCACACACAGAGGGGGCUAGUGGCUGUAACACUGUCCCUGUGAAGGAGUUUAUCAGAUCAGGUGCAGGUCAUGUGACUCCAGUACCCAGUGACCUUCGCCCUCUGAGUGUCCUGGUUGAUGCCAUCACUUAUCUUAUUACAAGGGUGUGUGAGAGGUCAGACUAUCCUUGGUGGCUAGUUUGUGAGUUUGUCACUAACAGACUACAGUCCAUAAGACAGGACAUAACCUAUCAGCAACUCACUGGCUCUGAUGUCGACUACAUAUGUCAACUAGCAGCCAGGUUCCAUCUUUAUGCCCAGUACAGGUUGUGGAGAUGUCCAGUGGAUAAAUUUGACCCUAAAUUGAACAGAGAUCACCUUCAACAGUGUUUGGUCAAGCUGGUACGACAAGGCAUUGUAUCAUACCCUGAGUUUGAGGCUUAUCACCUGCUUGUCAACUUAGGGAACCCCCACUCUGUUCAACAUGCACUGCAGCUUAGCAACGACUUAAGGAGCCACCCUUGUGUGGUCAGAGCCUUGUGCAUCAGUAGGAGCUAUAUGGAGAAUAACUAUAUUCGUUGGUUCCGGCUAGUGUCCUCCCUCUCCCCUCUCGAGCAGUCAGCUGUGCUGCCAUACGUCAGUACCAUGAGACGCGUUGCUCUGUCCAUUGUGAGCAAAGCUUACUGCAGUCGGAAUAGUGGCAUUCCCAUCGCGACCAUGUCUACCUGGCUACUCAUGUCAGACAUUGCCUCAACUGCUGAGCUAUGCACAAUGUAUGGGCUAGAGGUGAGGGGUGACACAGUAAGCAUCAAGAGAGGAGCAUUCACUCUACCAGCUAAGGAACCUGAAGAUGGAUUGGAUAUUGCCCACAAACUAUCACCAUCUCACUUAAUAUUGCCCAGCCUGAUAUUUUGAAUUUGAAGCAUGUACACAAGACCAAAACAACAAACUAUUAGCUCAAUAGUUGCUGAUUUAAUACAUGAACAACAGAUGGGCAGAUUGAAUUGAAACAGAAUUUUAUGUCCAAUAAUUAUAAUUAUCGUUCCGUUAUCUAUCAUUGUCUGGUAAAGGUUUGUAUCCUUUCUCUUGUAGCUUCUUUUUGUACUCAUCAUAAACUCUCUUCUUGUCAAAAUACUUCACCUGAGGGAGUGAAGAAAAAUUAUGGA